AUGGAGCAUCUGGGCCCCCAAAGCACUGGGCAGCCACACUCCCAGUGCUAUGCAAGGCAUAGCCCAUUGAGCUGCACUGGUGCCUGCAGCUUUUCCAGCACCAUCCUGCUGUACCACAUCAUGGCCUGGGGCCUGGUCACCCUACUCUGCCUGGAGGGAGCUGUCAUGAUUUACUACCCUUCUGUGUCCAGGUGUGAAAGGGGUCUGGACCACACCAUCCCCCACUAUGUCACCAAGUACUUGCCACUGCUCCUUGUCCUUGUGACCAACCCCAUCCUAUUCCAAAAGACAGUGACGGCAGUGGCCUCUUUACUAAAAGGACGACAAGGCAUUUACACGGAGAACGAGCGAUGGAUGGGAGCUGUGAUCAAGAUCCGAUUUUUCAAAAUAAUGCUGGUUUUAAUUAUUUGUUGGUUGUCAAAUAUCAUCAAUGAAAGCCUUUUAUUCUAUCUUGAAAUGCAACCAGAUAUCAAUGGAGGCUCUUUGAAAGGUGUGAGAAGUGCAGCCAAGACCACGUGGUUUAUUAUGGGGAUACUGAAUCCAGCCCAAGGAUUCCUCUUAUCUCUGGCCUUCUAUGGCUGGACAGGAUACAGCCUGGAUUUUCAGGCUCCCCGGAAGGAGAUCCAGUGGGAAUCUAUGACGACCUCUGUCGCUGAGGGAACUUACCCGUCCCCAGUGGGCUCCUGUGUGCCCAGUGAAAACACCACUUCCAGGAAGAUGGCACGUGUCAGUGGACACACUUCUGACAAAGCCCUGAGCAUGCUGUCUGAAGGUUCUGAUGCCAGCACCAUUGAAAUCCAUACUACAAGUGGGUCCCGCAAUGCAAAUGAUUUGGACUCUGCUCCCCAAACACGUGGAGACCUAUGA